AUGGCUCCGCAAUCGGUAACCGCCCAGAAACUGGGCAAAGAUGCCUGCCGCUGGAUGGUGAUCCUUGGAAUUGGGCUGUUGGCGUUGAUCUUGUUGUCCGUGAAAUACGGCUCUCAAGUUGGCGAUGAUCUAUCGUAUUCCGAUCCCCGUGCUCCUCCAAAAAUCGACCCGAGCUCGAAAGACAGCCUGUGCACGACAAAGGGAUGUACUGAAGCGGCCAGCCUAAUUAUCCAAAACAUGAACCCGGCCAUCGAUCCGUGCGAGGAUUUUCACGAGUACGCCUGCGGGAAGUAUAACGAGGUGACCUGGCCU